AUGAGUGAUAUCGUCAAUAAUGGCUAUCGUUCUGACAAUGAAAUUCAUAUUCAAAUGAACGGUGGUGAUUCGAUGGACAUUGUUUCGAAUCAUGAUGAUUCUCUGGUAACAACAGCAAAAAUCGAUGUUCUAUUUGUCAAUGUGACAAAAGUGAUCAAUGUCCCUGCGAAAAUGCUAGAUCCAAAUAGUAAAGAAAAAUUUAUUCAACGUACACUGCUCGACAGAGUUAGUGGACAAAUUCAUUCCGGCGAGAUUGUGGCUCUCAUGGGACCGUCUGGUAGUGGUAAAACAACGCUGCUGAACACAUUAGCUGGACGAGCAUUGACCGGUGUGUCCGGUGAUGUCUACUACAAUGGGAUCAGAUAUAAAAAGAGCAUGAAACGAAAAUUGGCCUACGUGCUGCAGCAAGAUUUGUUUUUCGAAUCGUUGACUGUCAGAGAACAAUUGACAUAUACAGCGCUGCUACGACUGCCAAACCACUUAACGCGAGCCCAAAAGAAGGAUCAAGUGGAGAAAGUAAUCGAACAAUUGAGAAUUCAAAAGUGUGCAAAUACGCCAAUAAUGUUGAUUAGUGGUGGUGAAAAGAAACGGUGUAACAUCGGUACAGAACUAUUGACAAAUCCAAGUCUCAUAUUCUUAGAUGAACCAACAAGUGGUCUUGAUAGUACAAGCGCCGUGGCUCUCGUUGAAACACUGCGUCAACUCGCCCAACAAGGCAAAACAAUUAUUACCUCCAUCCAUCAGCCGUCAUCUCAAGUGUUUCAAUCGUUUGAUCAGCUCAUUCUAUUAGCUGACGGGAAAACAAUCUACAUGGGCCGUCCAAAAAACUCUCUUUCCUACUUUGCUACACUGGGAUAUCACGCGCCUGCCCAAUACAAUCCAGCCGAUUACGUAAUGGAUCUUGUCAAUCAAGAUAUGGCUGUUCGUGAAGAAUUGAAACAAGCGUAUGUUGAUGUUAAACUGUCAAAGUACGUUCGAUCACCAAGUAUGGAUGGCAAACAAUAUCUGCUCGAGGAGCCGACCGAUAACGACGUGGAACGAUCGACGAAAAACAAAGACGGCGCAGCCGCACUUGGAUUGACAAAAGAGAGCAAAUGGCCAAUAAACAUGUUUGCUCAAUUUCUCGUUCUCUACUCACGUGCAAAUAAACUAACGGGGAAAAACGAAUUCACUCUGUUGAAUAUUGCACAAGCACUGUCGCUGGCAAUUGUUUGCGGUCUUUGUUGGUUACAAAUGCCGUUCAAAGAAAGCACAAUUCCCGAUCGAGCUUCUUUCGUCUUCUUUCUAAUGACAUUUUGGCCGCUACAAACGCUAAUGAAAAGUCUCAUGUCGUUUCCCUUUGAACGCAUGAUCAUCAACAAAGAGCGUGCCAGUGGAUCAUUUAGAUUAUCCGCUUAUUUUCUCGCAAAAUCUGCUUCGGAGGGACCACUAAAACUUGUUUUACCCACCGCUUUUUUACUCAUCGCUUUCUGGAUGGCAAAUAUUCAUCGUUCAUUUGCUGUAUUUCUCGCUUUUCUUGUAUUUCAAUUGCUGGCUAUCCUCGUCGCCGAAUCAAUAGGUUUGUUCAUUGGGGCCACUGUAGCUGACAUCCGACAAGGUAUGGUGCUGGCAACUGUCUCACUGUUGAGUUUACUGUUGGUUGGUGGUUUUUUCGUGAAAAAUUUGCCGCAUUGGCUUGGCGUUUGGGCAAAAUGGUUGAGUUUUUUCAAAUAUGCCAAUGAUGGUUGUCUCCGAUUGGGAUUCAGUGGUGGACGCCGAUAUGAAUGUGUCGAUGGCACGUACAUUACUGGAUGUCGAAAUCAGACAACGUUCACCGGCAGAGAUGCGCUCACAUAUUUGAAAGUCGAUUUGACAAUUGCCGAAAAUUUUCUUGUUCUAGCAGGAAUGUUUAUCUUUUUUCGCAUAUUAGCGUAUAUUUCAUUGCGAUUUAUCAAAGACAAGAGUGGACGAACAUAA